GCAUCGCUUCGCCAGGACGGUCACUGUCACUGGCCCGUAUAUUGCGCCCUGAUUCUCUCCGUGUUGAAUUGUGGCAACAUGUUUCUCGCCAGGGCGGCACGAUGCCCCCUCACCUCCGUGCGACCUAUGUUGAGAUCUCCAACUACUUCCGCGGCAGGCAACUUGGCCGGGCUUCAGCAUUGCAAGCUCACAGCUCCCCUGUACGGUCUUUUCACGAUUUCAGCGAGAAGCAUCGUGCCAAUGUAUUGCCAGCAGAGUUUCUAGAUAAGUUUAAACAAUCGAUUGAAUUCUCUCAAGCGACAUGGGAUAUCGACACCUUACGUUCGGAGGGACAUGAAGGCCAAUCGGUUGUCCUUCAUGGAUACCUGGACAAACGCGACGAUAUAGGCAAAGAGCUCGCCUUUGUCCCCUUAUUCGAGCCCAACCUGAAUCGUUCCAUACAGCUACUCUCAAACGAGAGCAGCAAGACCCUCUCUCUGCUCAAGAAGAUCAGCAGAGGCAGCCCAGUGGUUGUCAAAGGCACGAUUAAGCGCAAGGUCUCAAGAACCAAGGAAGAAGAGCUCGCAGAUCCUUGGGAGGUUGUGCUGGAGUCUGUGCAGCCCUUGAACGAGUUUCCGCGCGAGAUCGUGAUGUUUGGAAAGCAAGUUGUUCACCCGCCCAAGCAUCGGCAUCUCCAACUACGAGCCAGCAGCGAGCUGCGUGAUGCGCUCCGGUUCCGAGCGAAAGCACGCAAUGUCUGCCGCGAGGUACUAGAACAAGCCAACCCGGCUUUCGUGGAGAUCGAGACACCGCUACUGUUCAAGUCGACCCCAGAGGGAGCUCGUGAAUUUAUAGUGCCUACCAGAAAGAAGGGAAAGGUCUACGCUCUCCCGCAGAGUCCGCAGCAGUACAAGCAGAUUCUCAUGGCCAGUGGAAUGCCGAGAUACUUCCAGUUCGCGCGCUGCUUCCGUGAUGAAGACCUUCGCGCUGAUAGACAGCCGGAAUUUACCCAGCUGGAUAUGGAAAUGGCUUUCGCUAGCGGAGAAGACGUCAUGAAAGUGGUAGAAUCACUGAUCUGUGGCCUGUGGUCGAACCUGAUGGAAGAGGCCCCUUCACAACCAUUCCGCAGAAUGACCUACCAGGAAGCAAUGACCCGCUAUGGUUCAGACAAGCCGGAUACCCGACACGGAAUGGAGAUCCAUCGCAUCGAACACAUCCUCCCUACCGACCUCGUGCAGAAGAUCACCCCCCUGACCGAGCCGAUUGUAGAGGCGUUUAAGCUCGAAACUAUCAACCAGUCACCACACGCCACACGCGAGUUUAUCUCACGUUUCCUUGACUCGCGCGAGGGCGAACUCUUCAACAAAAACCCCGACGGCGCCCCAGGCAUCUUCAUCUAUGACGCAUCGACGCCCCUGAACGGUCUGGGCGCCCUCGGCUUCGAAGCAGCCGAAAAGCUCGAGCAAAUGCUUGACCUCAACCACGGUGAUCUGAUAGUCCUCCAAGCUCGCCCACAAGGCCCCUUGUCCGGCGGCUCAACCCAACUUGGCGCCCUCCGUCGUGCCCUAGCCCCUGUGGCCAUCGCCGACAACAUGAUCGAAGCCCCCCGAGGCUUUGAAUUCAUGUGGAUUGUCGACUUCCCCCUCUUCACUCCCCUCGACGGCUCCGAACCCGGCCAAGGCGGCACCGCCGGCUUCUCCGCCACCCACCACCCCUUCACAGCCCCAAAGACCGCCGCAGACGUCGACCUUCUCAGUACAGACCCUACUAAAGCCAUCGCCGACCACUACGACCUAGUCGUCAACGGCGUUGAGCUCGGUGGCGGCAGUCGCCGUAUCCACUGCGCCCUGACCCAGAACUACAUCUUUAAGCAGAUUCUGGGUAUGCCCAAGGAGCGAGUAGACGAGUUCCAGCAUCUCCUCAGUGCCCUAUGGGCCGGAUGUCCACCCCACGCUGGGUUCGCUCUGGGCUUUGAUCGCCUCGUCGCGGUCAUGCUGGGCAAAGAGUCGGUGCGGGAUGUGAUUGCGUUCCCGAAGAUCGGGAAGAUGGGUGAGGACCCGAUGGUCAAGGCACCGAGUAAGAUUAGUGAGGAGGUGGCGAAGUUGUAUGGAUUGAGGAGAUGAGAGUUCAACUCAGGUUGUGUUUGUAUAUUACGUGUAUAUCUAUGUAUGUAUGUUAGAUGAUUCUCUACUCUGUGUGUAUAAAGCCCCGGGGUUGGAUUAGUUUACGGUAUGAUGAACCAAGGUGAAGGUGUCUAGACGGCUUGCAGAUAAAGACAAGACGCAAGGAGAAAAGGUCAAGAUAGAUAUUGUAGAUGCGUGACGAACUAAAGAAUGGCG